CAUUUUAUUGACUGUGACGAGAGAAGUCAAGACGGACUGACGUUAUCGGUUUUCGUCAUAAUUCAUAAUACGCACGCUCGUCCUCCAAUUUGUACGGAUGAUCAAAUGUUAAUCAAUUUAAAUAAGUUACGCGGAUAAUAACUGCACAAAGUAUUCAAACUCGAUUAAUUAUAUGCAAAUUCAUUCAUUAAAUCGAUUGUUUAAAUUGGUUCUUCAUGCCGUGAAAAUAACAUCGUAGUGGUCGCGCAAAAUAUUCUAAUGGAAAUUAGCUAUUAAAAAGUUUUUGAAACUUAAUUAUAAUGAGUGAUGAAAAACAACCGCUACUUACGGGGCCCAGUAUUGCUCUUGAGCAUGCAGAGGUGCAGAGGGAAGCCGUGGAGUUGUCCAGUGAUGCAAUUAUACCGAUCAAAGAUGACAAACCGAAGUCUGACUACUGCCCGGCCUCGGAGAGGCACCUGGAGCACCCGACCUCCAAUUUCGACACGAUGAUUCAUUUGCUGAAAGGGAAUAUUGGCACCGGAAUUCUGGCUAUGCCUGAUGCCUUCAAAAAUGCGGGCUUAUUGUUUGGCGUAUUCGGCACGCUGUUCAUGGGCGCGGUAUGCACGCAUUGCAUGCACAUGUUAGUGCGGUGCUCGCACGAGCUAUGCAUCAGGAACCAGCGGCCGGCUCUCAGCUUCUCCGAGGUUGUUGAAGACGCCUUCACGUCCGGGCCGGUGCCGUUGAGGCCGUACGCUAAGAAAAUGAAAAACGUGAUCAACGUGUUCCUCGUCAUAACGCAACUCGGAUUCUGCUGCGUCUACUUCCUAUUCGUCGCCACCAACUUACAAGACACACUUCGCUUCUUCCACAUCAACUUAAGCGUUCACAGCUAUCUUGUCCUCCUCUUUCCACCUAUAGUAGCCCUUGCUAUGGUGAAAAACCUGAAGUAUUUGACCCCAGUAUCGCUGAUAGCGUCUAUAAUGACCGCUUGGGGGCUGAUGAUAACGUUCUACUACAUAUUGCAAGACUUGCCGAGGACGAAUUCUGUGAAAUCGUUCGCGAGCUGGCAUCAGCUGCCGCUGUAUUUCGGGACUGCUAUUUAUGCGUUUGAGGGGAUUGGGGUGGUUCUACCGCUCGAGAACAACAUGAAGACGCCCGAAGACUUCGGCGGUUGGAACGGCGUCCUCAAUACCGGCAUGGUGAUAGUCGCUGCCCUGUAUACUGCUAUUGGCUUCUUUGGCUACCUGAAGUAUGGAGAACACGUGCUUGGAAGCAUCACGCUCAACUUGCCAAACGACUUUUUAGCACAAAGCGUCCGCGCAGUGAUGGCGGCGUCCAUAUUCCUUUCCUACGGGCUGCAGUUCUACGUGCCCAUGGGCAUCGUGUGGCCCGUCGUCAAAUCGCGACUGACAUCCGAAAAUGCACUAAAACACGGCGAAUCCGUCACGAGACUCGUAUUGAUCACGAUCACUUUCGUGGCCGCCGCCAUUAUCCCCAACUUGAGCGGUAUCAUUUCCCUAGUGGGCGCCGUCAGCAGCUCCGCGCUGGCGCUCAUCUUCCCGCCCAUCAUCGAGAUCAUGACCUUCUGGCCCGACAACCUCGGCAAGCACAACUGGAUGCUGUACAAGGACCUCCUGCUGAUAUUGUUUGGGUUGACCGGCUUCGUAUUUGGCACGUAUGCUAGCGUGAGCAAUAUUUUGCAUUGAGGUGAUAAAGAUGGAAGGAAAGCUAAGUUUGAUAGAUAAUGUAUUUAACGUUUUUUGUGUCAAAGACGUGAAAUGAGCAGUAUUGCCUAUUUGCUUCAUGUCACUCGAAUUAUGUAUAUGCAGUAGAUGUUAUCUAAUAUCUAUCUUCGCGGUAAUUAUUACUGUUUCUCAAAAGCUUGAACUUGUAAUAUGGUUCUAAGUUUUUAAAUGAUUAAAUAUAUUGUAAUAAAAUUUUCAUGAAUGUGGCCAUAUCAUAGAACAACUGGUUUGUAAAAUGGCCCAUGAAAUACUGUCGAGGUUUUUAAAUCACCAGGUAUUAUGGCGUCAUUUCACGAUUAGUACAAUUUCAAGCUUUACACUCGGCAGCUGGACAACCUUUACUUGUUGCCGCGUCUAAUUUGAACCUACGACUUUGACACAAAACGACAAGGCGGAAUUAUGAAGGAAUUUUACCAAAUAAGAAUGCACAUUAAGUGGUUGGUAAGCUUACUAUAAUCAGGGGGCUUUUUUGGUAUUCGCUUCACGUAGCGUUCAAUAGGUUCGUUUGACCUAAACCAUUGAACACUGCCCUCUUAAACAAUUUUUUUCGAGCUUGGCAUA